CUGCUGUCACGUUAUUCUAAAAUUAGGAAUAAUGAGCGUGGAUGCUUUGGGAAGCCCUGUGAUGGACCCUACGUUUUCCAAACGGAACACGGCUCUGAGAUUAGUUGACUUGGCAGGGGCUCACCACCACCACCAUCAUCACCACCAUACCCCUCAGAGCGUGACAGGCUUCCCGGGGUUUAGCAGCCAUCCACACUCAAUGGCUCACGCGCACCCUGGGGAGAUUACUGCGGAACCCCGCCUGGGGCCGAGCCCAUUCGGGCCAGAACACAUGGGGCACUCCGCGGCCCUCAAAAUCAGCCCAGCCCAUCAUUAUCCCCACCACCAUCACCACCACAAUCAUCAUAUGGCAGGCCACAGUGAAGUGGUCUCCAGUCAAACGGGAGCUUUUGGCCCGGUGCACGCGACAACGGUCCCCUAUUCUAUGUCUCACACGGCCCAGGCGUUAUCGGCAGGUAGGGACUUCCUCAUCCGAAGAGACCUGGCAGCUCAAGCGAUGCCCGUGCUGACCGACCAGUCUGCCGGUUCAACUUCUCACCACGGAAUGUUUGUCCCAACAACAGGUAGCUAUCCGGGACACUAUGGCCACCAUCACCCCGACGCCGCGAACCACAGCCUUUUCUCCGGACUCCACCAUGACCAGCCACCGCCGAGCGCAUCACCGGGGGUCCAAGCCCUGAACGGACAAAUACGCUUGGGAAUACCUGGAGAAAUGUACGUGCGAUCCGACCACCUGAGCCAAGUGGCGAGCUCCAGGGCUGAUCCGUUCUCUGCGUCCUCGUUGCAUGGCUAUGGUGGACUGAAUCUGAACAUGAACCUCGGCGCGCACCACCACCACCACCACCACGGAGCGGGUGCGUUUUUCCGGUACAUGAGGCAGCCGAUAAAGCAAGAGCUGAUCUGCAAGUGGCUCGAGCCGGAACAUUCGCCGAAGAAACUUUGCUCGAAAACUUACAGCACUAUGCACGAACUGGUGACACACGUGACGGUUGAGCACGUCGGAGGACCCGAGCAUGCCAACCAUAUCUGUUUUUGGGAAGAGUGUCCCAGAGAAGGGAAACCAUUUAAAGCCAAGUAUAAACUUGUAAAUCACAUUCGCGUGCACACCGGGGAGAAGCCGUUCCCGUGCCCGUUUCCUGGCUGUGGGAAAGUGUUCGCGAGAUCAGAGAAUCUAAAGAUUCAUAAAAGGACACAUACAGGUGAGAAACCCUUCAAGUGUGAAUUUGACGGAUGUGACCGACGGUUCGCCAACAGCAGUGACCGGAAGAAGCACUCCCACGUGCACACUAGCGAUAAGCCCUACAACUGCAAAGUGCGAGGUUGUGAUAAGUCGUACACGCACCCAAGCUCGCUGAGGAAACACAUGAAGGUGCACUGCAAGUCCCCGCCGCCCAGCUCGGGCUACGAGUCCUCCACGCCGUCGCUCGUGUCCCCCUCGUCAGACUUGGGCCGCGAGCCAGGGGGGGCCUCGGCCCUCACAGAAGUUGUGGCGUCGUCCCAACCCGCCAAUUUAAGCGAGUGGUAUGUUUGUCAUAGUUCGGGUGCCAGCGGCGCGCACACACCACCCAGUGGUUCCUCCACACCUGACCCUGAGGAUGAGUCCCGCUACAGAAAUAACCCCGACGACAGAGGCGCCAGGGACGCGUUCUGAGCGGGUCGUUGGGCUCGAGCCUCGUCCCGGUGCUGCACCACGACAAAAAAAUAAAAACGAUAAAACGUAUUUCAAAAAGCUGAACUAUUUCAAAUGGUUUGGCUCAGUGCCUAUAUGCCCUUGAAGGCCUACUGGUUCACAUGUGGAGAAUUGAGGCUCGUAAAAUUGGUAUUCUAGUGAGCCUGCAGCUUUAUUGUAGGUUAAGCAUGAUGCUAUACAAUUAUUUUGUAAAUGAGUUUUGACUCCAAUAUCUUUAAUUUAUUUUUCAAUUUGAAAUGAAUUUUUUUGUAUUCAUCGUACCAAAGUGCUCCAACAAUAGGCCAUAUGUACAUUUGUAAAUUUUGAUGUUUUAACGUUGGACAGUUAGAAAAAAAAACUGUCGUAAAAGAGUUUCUAAUUAUUUACUACAGUUAUUUGUACAAUGUUUUUUCAACAUUUUUAUUUUCAUUUGUGCGGAGGGUUCAUUUUAAAAUAUUUCACAAGCCUGCAGUAUUUGAUAUACAAUCGUGAAAUUGUAAAUGUUUUAUGAAGGUGGCCAUUUUGUGUUUUUGUAUAAUUGUUGUCAAUUGAUUCUAAAAUGUGAACUCGAGUGGCCCUCGAAAAUAUGUGUAGGCCUACCGAACUGCCUUGUAAGU